AUGUUCAAAGCAGUGUUCGGGAGGAAUAGGAAAGGAGAGAAGAGGAGCAGGAGGGAUCCAGCGGUAGUCACUGAUUACCAUAGCCACAGUAUCCAACGAAGGGGUGCUGGUGCUUGGGUGACCCACUACCAGGAGCCUAGCCGUGCCCACCACCCCCACCCCUCAAGGGGCAGGCCGAGGGGGAAGCUGGCUAAGGGGGAGUCUAUCUCCCUGCCUUCCUCGCCCCUGGUCCAUCGCCAGUCCUACAUAAUGCCCUCACAUAUGGGCAUCAAGUCCCCAGAGCUGCACGCGGAGCUCCAGCCCAGCUCCUCCUCCUUCUCAACCCAGGAACUGAUGACCAGGCUGGGCUUCUUACUGGGAGAAGGGACCCCAGCCUCGCCUAGCACCCCCAUGGAGGACCGGAGGGAAAAGAAGUGUAAUAUCUCUGGCCAGGCGGUGAGCCCAUGCUCCACAUUGACCUGCAGCACUACGUCUCCAUGCUCAGACAGCCCCUGCUCCACCCUGGGUAGCAGCAGUACCGGGGGGCCACCCUCCUGUCUUCCCAGCCCCAGCCCAGGUGGGACCCUCCUCAGCCCCAGUCCCUGCCGGAGCCCCAGUUCCACGCUUGAGAGCCAGGAUAGCGGAAUCAUAGCUACCAUCACCAGCUCUCCUGAGAAUGAGGAUCGCGGUGGUUCCACUCUGGACCUGAGCAAAGAUGGCAGCUGGAGGGGCCCUGGGCGUGGCGGGCACCGAGGCGACUCCUGCCCUCCUGUCGCCAAGGACGACCUGCCAGGACCCAGCGAGGCCCCGCCCAGGUCUGAAAUCACCAUCCUAGAGGAACCCAGAACUCCGCCCCYAGCCAAGAGGCCCCUCCCACAGCGCCACACGCACAGCACUUCUUCCCUGGUGAUGCCACGCCCUAACUCUGUGGCAGCGACUAGUUCCACUAAGCUGGAGGAUCUGAGCUACCUGGAUGAUCAACGGAGUGCUCCCCAGCGAAGCUCCAUCAAAACAGCCCUGAAGACGCGCUUCGCUCCCUUCAAAUCAGGUGACAUCGUGCUGAAGCCGUUGUUGUUUGAGGUUCCCGCCGYCGCCAUGGAUGCACCGUUCCAAGGCCGUGAUUGGCUGUUCCAUCGGCUAGAGGAGGUCCUAAGGAAGAGUGACACCUGCGAGGGCCGUGGGGCCGUUAUCGUGGGCGAUGUGGGCUUCGGCAAGACGGCCGUCGUCUCGCGGCUGGUGGCUCUCAGCUGUCAUGGAGGUCACAUGCAACAGGUCCCCACCGAGAGCCCCUGCACCUCCCCCAAAAGUGGGGAUAGGGGGACAGACGGAGCCUCCAAACAGCCGCCCCAGCCCAGCACCCCCACCACAGACCCCCAGCCCAGUGAAACAACCUGCCCCGGGACACCAGAGGCACACCGAGACGAUGCUGUCAAACGCCUGGCCAGCAAGGUACGUACACACACGCAUACAUACACGCAUACACAUACAUACCAGCAGCUCCCUGUAGCCGCUGAGCUGUGGCGCUCUGGACAGCAGGGCGGCGACACUGUGCACAAACUCUGGGACCAGGCAGAAAGGAAGAUCCCGGAAGAAGACUUCAUCCUCCUGGUUGAUGGUCUGAACGAGGCAGAGUUCCACAAGCCGGACUACGGAGACACUGUCGCCUCCUUCAUCACCAAGAUCGUCUCCAAGUUCCCCUGCUGGCUCAAACUGUUGGUCACUGUCAGGACCUGUCUGCUGGAGAUCACCGCCCUCCUACCCUUCUCCAGACUCUCACUUGACGACUUCCCAGAGAGCAGCGAGAUCGGCGGGGACCUUAGCGACUACAUCCAACACCGGGUCAUCGUCAGCCCCGAGAUUGCCGCCAACGUCACCACGCCCAACGGCACCGUCCCCGACCCCCUCCUCCUCAGCAAGUUCAACACCCACCUGGCCUCUCGCAGCCAGGGCUCCUUCCUCUACCUAAAACUGACCCUGGACCUGUUCCAGAGGGCCCACCUGGUUCUCAAGGGAGGCAACUACAUGGUAGUGCCUGUCUCUCUGGCUGAGGUGUACCUGCUGCAGUGCCAUGCGGGGUUCGACGGGGACCAAACCUUUGAGCGGGUGCUGCCCGUACUCAACGUGGUGCUGGCCUCGUUACACCCGCUGACGGACGAGCAGCUGUUCCGGGCGCUGAACGCUGGGGGUGUGAGAGGAGAGAUGUCCUGGGAGGACUUCCAACAACGCCUGGAGACCCUGGCCUCUGUCCUGGUGAGACGCAGGGACGGCACCCGCAUGCUCUUCCAMCCCUCMUUUAGAGAGUGGCUAGUGUGGAGGGCGGACGGAGAGAGCACCGACUUCCUCUGUGACCCMAGGAGUGGCCAUGCUCUGUUGUCCUUCAUGUUCUCCAGACAGGAGGGCAAGCUGAACCGGCAGCAGACCAUGGAGCUGGGACAUCAUAUCCUGAAAGCACACAUCUUCAAGGGUCAGAGUAAGAGGACAGGUGUGUCCUCCAGUGUUCUGCAGGCUCUGUGGGUGAGCUGUAGCACUGACAGCCUCUCUGCCGCCCUGGCCUCCCUCAGAAAUCUCUACACACCCAAUGUCAAGGUGAGUCGUCUGCUGAUGCUGGGCGGGGCGAGUGUGAGCGGGCGUUCAGAGGUGCUUGGYCGUUCCCCUGUGCUGGGUGUGCACACCCACCUGGGUCACCUUGAAAUGGUGUCCCUGCUGCUGGAGCUGGGAGCGCCCGUAGACGGAGCCUCGGACAGCGGCAUGACCCCCCUCUGUCUGGCCGCCGCAGCAGGACACACAGGACUGGUCAGCCUGCUCUGUAAGAAGGGAGCCAAGGUGGGCCAUGUUGAUAAGAGUGGUCAGUGUGCCCUGGUCCAUGCUGGGYUGAGGGGCCACCCAGACAUCAUCCACUACCUGSUGAACCAGGACUGGGGCYCCACAGAGGCCCCKGAGGGCCAACAGCAGCACGGUGUGAAGAGCAGUGUGAAGGGCCAGGCCUUACAACAGGCCCUGACGGCCGCCUGCAGCAUGGGACACACUCACGUUGCGAAGAGCUUACUGGAGCUGAAAGAUGAAGAUGUGGCUGUGCAGAUAGACGCUCCUGACACGCUCUGGGGAGAGACGGCUCUGAGUGCGGCUGCAGGCCGGGGCAGGACAGAGACGUGCGUUUUCCUGCUGGAGAGGGGUGCAGGGGCGGAGCAGCCCAACCGGAGGGGGGUGGUCCCACUCUUCAGCUGCAUCAGGCAUGGACACCCCCAGGUAGCAGAGCUGUUGCUGCAGAGCGGUGUGGACAUUAACACCAUCGAUAAGCAGGGCCGCAGUUUGCUGAUGGUGGCAGCCAGCGAGGGCCACCUCAGCACUGCGGACUUCCUGCUGACAAAGGGCGCGUCUUUAGCCUCUGUGGACAAGGAGGGCCAGACAGCUCUGAGCUGGGCGUGUCUGAAGGGUCAGAAGGACGUGGUGCAGCGCCUGGUGGAGAAGGGGGCAGAGAUAGACCACCCUGAUAGGAACGGACGUACCCCUCUCGACCUGGCAGCUUUCAACGGUGAUGCAGAGACGGUUCAGUACCUGGUGGAGAAGGGUGCGGUGGUGGAGCAUGUGGACCACAGUGGGGUGAGGCCUCUGGAGAUGGCUGUGGGCUGUAGGAACACUGCUGUAGUGGUCACCCUACUGAAGAAAGGGUCCAAGCUGGGUCAUGCUACGUGGGCGAUGGCCACAUCCAAACCAGACGUCCUUCUCAUUCUCCUACAGAAACUCAUGGAGGAGGGAAACCUGCUGUAUAAGAAGGGGAGGAUGAAGGAGGCAGCCCAGAGGUAUCAGUACGCCCUGAGGAAGUUCCCCCGAGACGGCUUCGGAGACGAUCUGAAGGGCCUGAAAGAGCUCCGUGUCUCCUUGUACCUCAACAUGUCACGCUGCCGCAGGAAAACCAAUGAUUUUGGUAUAGCAGAGGAGUUUGCCACCAAAGCCCUGGAACUGAAACCCAAGUCUUAUGAGGCGUUCUACACCAGAGCACGAGCCAAGAGGAGCAGCAGGCAGUAUGCGGCGGCGCUAGCUGACCUCAGAGAGGCGUCUCGGCUCUGCCCCACCAACCGGGAGAUCCGCCGUCUGCUGACGCGUGUGGAGGACGAGUGUCAACAACAACAGCAGCAGUCCCCCAACACACCACAGGGCCAACAAGCAGCACACAGCCAGACUCCCGACGACCUCACAGAGAGGAGCCAGGACACAGAGAGGAGUUGUGAUACACAGAGCCAGGAUGAACUAGAUGAUGAUUAUGAAGAGAUAGGGGGAGAGGAAGAGCCCUCACAGAACCCCUAUGGACCCAACAGGCCCAAGAACCCCUAUGGACCCGACAGGGCUCUCCCACCAGUACCAGGCGCAGUGGGCUUAGCUCCCCUGGACCCCAGGCCUGGUUCCCCUCUGGACGAGUCCACACAGACCAACCUGUCUCUGGACAAGCAGGGCCCUGUCCUGCAGGGUCCUAGACAAAACCAAAGCAUGAAGACCAAGCAGCAGCACUGUAACUCCCUGCAGGUAGGGGGCAGACCAGGGGGCAGGCCUAUGUCUCUGUGUGGCCCCUCCAGCCCCCUGCCAGGCAGACACAUCUCUACCUCCCUGAGACCCAGCCCUGGCCUGGGCAUUGACAUCAGCCCUCUGCCCUCUUCCACAGACCACCAACUGGGGCUCACCCCUGCCAACCACCACCACUCCUCAUCUGUGCAGCCCUUCCAGGGCCACUCCUCUAGCCUGGCUAGAGGAACAGACAGGCUCUCAGCCCACCACGGCACCACACUGGACGGACAGGCUGGGUCCCUCACCCCUGGGUUUGGUAAGGAGGUAAGGAGGGAGGGUCCUGGGGGGUCGGCUGGCCCGGGUCUGCGUUCUGGUGGUCAGACGGGCAGUAUGAAGGCCUCCAGCUCUAGCAGUAGCUUAGCCUCCAGCGGGACCCUGUCAGACAGCGGCAGGAUCCAGGCACCUCAGGGGCCCGACGUGCCUCGCCCCAGACCGGGUAAACCAGAGCUCAAGCCUCGUCCCUUCAUGGGGGUGAAAGACAAGGCAGUGCGUGUCCAGGGGCAGCCCCCACCUGGACUGGGCUGGCAAGGUCAGCCUCACUCCCAGCCACUCUCCCCUGAAGGUCUAGAGAACCAGAGACACAGCAUGGCCCCUAUGGACAACAUCCAGGGAUUAAAUAAUGAGUUCAAGCAGAGGUCCUCUUAUGCGGAGCCACUGCAGAGCCAGACUCCCCUCCAGGUGCUCAACGGGGCCCAGGCUCAGGCCCAACACCUGGCCCAACAGGCUCAGGCCAAGGCCCUGGCUAGGGAGUUUGGAGACAGGUUCUACCACCGGGAGCCAAGACCAGGUCCAGCUGCAGGCCUACAUCACUCCUCCCAGUUCCCAGACGGGAACCACCGGCAGGCAGGGCUCACCAGAGAUAACCCAGCCAUCCUACCCAUCAAACCUAAACGCUCCUUUAUAGAAUCCAACGUCUGAAACUGACCAUACAUUCAGUCAAGCACAACACAGGUGCAGGAACACCAUAAC